AUUUGUUAAUAAUUCGUUUCGCAGUUUUCGUGGUCGACAACUAUGCUGCGUCGCGUAUUGAGUGGAAAAUGUUCAAUUUCCAAUUAAUUUAUAAACAACAAGUAAAAAAUUAGAAAUACAGAAAAAUCGUUUUAUUAGUGUAAUAGUGGAAAAGUGUUGUACAAAUGUUUCUGUGCGAAGUGAAUUUCCAAUAAGUCUCAAAAUUUUCUGUUUAAAAUUUGUAUUUUGUUUUUUUACGCUUAUCGCAAAUAAAAAAAAAUGUUAAUAUGCCCAAAGUGUGGGAUUUUGGAAAUCAAGUGUUGGGAAUUAGUGUUACUUUCAUUUGUCGAAACGUUUUCUAAAGCCUAAAUGUGUAAAAUUAUUAAAGUUGCAUACGUGUGUAGUGUAUGGUUUCCGUCCUUCACUUUCUUUGUUUCUCUGCCUCAAACUCGCACUAUUGCUACUGCGUUAACUCCUUAUAAAGCAGAACUUCGUGUGGUUAGUGGUGCGCGAAACUAAACGUGGAAAACCAACUCUGCGAAGUUGUCAAAGCUGUGUUGUUAUUUCAAUAUUUGACACGUAUUACGUAUUUAAUAAUAUUUUAUAUUUUAUACUUCCUCUGAGGAUUUGCUGCGUCCUUAUAAUCUUCAAUGUGUGGGUUCUCACUUGGGAGCAAUUACGCAAGCUUUUCUAAGUGAUAGAAACGUUGGAUAUGUGAUAAUAUAAUAGCACUAUUUUAGUCUAAUUUGCCAAUUAAAUUACCAUCUUCACAAACUUAUUUGCACAGUAGAACAAAUCGUACCAAACCAAUACUUAAAAGGCUGUUUAAGUGUUAUCUUGUGAUGUGCAAAUACUUGACGCUGAUCACCGACAAGUAGCGAGCAGGUGGUGCUGACACAUGUAGCAGCCGCUGCACAUAAGUUGUUUCGUUUCCUGAUUAAACAAUCGUAUUCAAAAAGUGUUGAAGUGGCGCGCGGUUGCUAUUUUGGUUUAUUACAGAAUUUUGUGUUUGCUAUAGUACAACUCCGACAGUGGCUAUAAAUUUUAUUUUAUUUUUGUUGAUAAUCGUUUUCCUCACAGUGCUGAACUAUCACUUCAAGCUUUAAGUGACAAUAUUUGUAAAAAACUUAGUGGAAUAUCGUUAUUUAAAUAAGAAACAUCAUAAAGUACAAUAAAAGAAAUUAAAAAUAUUUAAUAAUACGUCUAGUUUAACUUUAUGAUUUUACAAAAAAAAAUCUUACGAAAUACCAAAUUAAUAUAAAUAAAUUGUACUGAGUGGUCAGACUGCUCCUCAGCGUUGGAGCUUUUAAGACAUCUACGUCAUUAUACUCAAAAGCAACAAUAUGGCACACGCCCACCAUAAUGCUGCUAAUCUGCUCAGUUCAGAUAUAUCACGACGUAAUCCACAGGACGAAUACGAGCUCAUACAGAAGAUCGGUUCUGGCACAUACGGUGAUGUUUAUAAGGCGAAGCGCAUACAGAGCAAUGAAUUGGCCGCAAUCAAAGUCAUCAAGCUCGAGCCCACCGAUGACAUACAAAUCAUCCAGCAGGAGAUUAUUAUGAUGCGCGAUUGUCGGCACAAAAACAUCAUCACAUACUAUGGUUCGUACCUGCGGCGCGAUAAGUUGUGGAUCUGCAUGGAGUACUGCGGUGGUGGUAGCCUGCAGGACAUAUACCAGGUGACGGGACCGCUAACUGAACAACAAAUCGCCUACAUGUGCCGUGAAACAUUGAAAGGACUCGAGUACCUGCAUACGAUGGGCAAGAUGCAUCGUGACAUCAAAGGCGCCAAUAUCCUGCUGACCGAACAGGGGGACGUCAAGUUGGCCGAUUUCGGAGUGUCCGCGCAGAUUACCGCCACGAUCAAUAAGCGGAAGAGCUUUAUCGGUACACCUUAUUGGAUGGCGCCGGAGGUGGCCGCCGUGGAGCGUAAAGGGGGCUACAAUCAAUUAUGUGAUAUAUGGGCGGUUGGCAUAACGGCAAUUGAACUUGCCGAACUCCAGCCGCCAAUGUUCGAUUUGCAUCCGAUGCGUGCGUUGUUCCUAAUGUCGAAAAGUGGUUUCAAGCCGCCCACAUUGAGCAACAAGGAGAAGUGGAGCACUACAUUUCACAAUUUCGUGAAGACGGCGCUGACGAAGAAUCCCAAAAAGCGUCCGACUGCCGAAUGCCUGCUGAAGCAUCCGUUCGUGCAGGGCGACAUGUCGGUGCGUGUGGCCAAGGAGUUGCUGCAAAAAUUCUUGAGUCCCAAUCAGCAAUUCUACUACUAUUUGGACGGGGAAGAGGAGACUGUCGCCAGCGUUCCACAACGAAUAGCAAGCAAAAUGACAUCAAGGCCAAAUGGUAUUUCACCGCAAAAUCACACUUUGAAAACAGGCAUGACAACGAAUUCGCAGUGGAAUGAUCGCUCAUCUAGUCCCGAAACUUUGCCCAGCGACAUGAGCCUCUUACAGUAUAUUGAUGAGGAGCUAAAGCUAAGAGCCACCCUGCCGUUAACCGAUACCAAAGAUCUGCUUAGCACCGAAUGCCACUGCGCGCACAAUGGCGGUAACGGCAACGGCAACGGUAAUGGCAACGGCAAUGGCAAUGAAAACGGUGGCGUCGGCGGCGCCAACGAUGCCGCAGCGCCAUCCGCGCCUGAUGACGUCAGCAGCUGCUCUGCAACCUCCGCGGCGCCAUCGACAGCUGCAACUGUGAAUGGCGGCGACGGCGUCAGCUCGAUCACUAGCGCGAGCAGUUUGGGGCAUUCGAUGUCUGCUUAUUUGGGACUGAGUUUCGGCUUCUCCAACAUGCGCACAACGUCGGUUGAUGCUGUGGUCAAUAACGCCAACCAUGAUAACGAUGCGCGGCACCACCACCAACAGCAGCAACAGCAGCCACAUUAUCACCGUCAUCAUCAUCAUCAUUACAUGCACUACACCAACAACAGUAACAGUAAUAGCAACAGCAACUGCAACAGCGGCGCCAGCGGCAGCAAUAUAAAUUCACGCUCAACCAGUGCCACCGGCCUAUCGGCAUCUUCGUCCAGCAACUCCUAUGGAACAGCAGUUGGAACGCCUGCAAAGCUGAAUGGCCAAUCGCAGUACACGUCAUUGUCCUCUUCCUUGUACAAUCCACUGGACAAUUUGAGUUGCGAAAGCGGCGGCGGGGGCGGCGGUGUCGGCGGUGGUGGUGGAGGCGGUGGCUUUGGCUUAGGCUUAGGCGGCAGUGUUAGUGGUACUAAUGGUGGCGGUAGAAGUGGUGUUGGUGUGUUAGGAAUUGAUAGGAGUAACGGUGGUAGUGUUGGUAGUGCUGGUGGUUUUGGUGGUGUUGGUGGUGGUGUCGGCGGUGUUGGCGCUUCUCCAUCGCCAUCCUCAUCUUCGUCCGCGUUUGCUCGUGAUGUGCUUAUGCAUUCCUCUGCUUCCACGUCACAUUUAUUCACUAAUUUGCUACGUAAUAAUGGCGCCAAUUAUUUUAAUAGCAACACUUCGGUGACCGAUUCGACAACAACUGGUGUAUCCGGAGCAACGACGUCGGCAACGGCAUCUGGUUCAGCCAACCCUGCCGGUGCAGCGGCUCCGUUGUCGGGUGAGUGUACGCCCACAUCGGGACAAGCGAUUGGCGGCAGCAACGACAGCAAUUGUGAUUAUAGACAUGAGAGUAAUCAGAAUGGUCUGGAGGACUCACCACGCCGGCACAGCUCAAUGGAUCAGCUGAUUGGCCUGCUCAAUGACAUGGGCAAGUCAUCGAGAACACGCAGUCUCAGCGACGGCGGUACACAAGAGGACGAAGUGGAGAAAGAAGCGCAGCCGGAUCUACUCAACAAUACGCCUCCCGUGCCUCCGAAACGCUCACAUCGCCGCCGCCACACCCCGCCACGCCCCAUAUCUAACGGCCUACCGCCUACGCCCAAGGUACAUAUGGGCGCAUGCUUUUCGAAAAUCUUCAACGGUUGUCCACUACGCAUACACUGCACAGCUUCGUGGAUCCAUCCCGAAACGCGCGACCAGCAUCUACUCAUCGGCGCCGACGAGGGCAUAUUCAAUCUAAACAUGAACGAGCUGCACGAUGCGGUCAUCGAUCAGCUGUUCCCGCGUCGCACCACCUGGCUGUAUGUGAUUAAGGAUGUACUCAUGAGUCUAUCAGGCAAAUCUUGUCAAUUGUAUCGACACGAUCUGAUCGCAUUACAUUCCAAGCAGACGCACCGUUUCUCUCUGCACAUGAACAAAAUACCCGAAAGACUGGUCCCGCGCAAAUUUGCGCUCACCACAAAGGUUCCCGACACCAAGGGCUGCACCCAAUGCUGUGUAACACGCAAUCCCUACAACGGUUACAAGUACUUGUGCGGUGCCACGCCCAGUGGCAUAUUCCUCAUGCAAUGGUACGAUCCGCUAAACAAAUUCAUGCUGCUUAAGCAAUGCGAGUGGCCGGCAUCGAGCAUAUUGGGCGGGGGACAUGGCUGUGUGCUGAACGGUCACACACCCGUCUUCGAGAUGAUCAUCACGCCGGAGCUGGAAUAUCCAAUCGUCUGCACGGGUGUGCGAAAGGCCCUCAACGGCUGUCUGAAGCUCGAGCUGAUCAAUAUGAAUAGCGCCAGCUGGUUUCAUUCGGACGAUCUGGAUUUCGAUGCCACGGCUACAAUGGUGCCGCGAAGAGAUCUGUUAAAGGUGGUGAAGGUGCAUCAGGUCGAAAAGGAUGCGAUACUGGUCUGCUAUGGCAACAUCAUACAAAUCGUCACGCUACAGGGUAAUCCAAAGCAACACAAGAAAUUGGUCUCGCAGCUCAAUUUCGAUUUCAAUGUGGAUAGCAUAGUUUGUCUACCUGACAGCGUAUUAGCAUUCCACAAGCACGGCAUGCAGGGCAAGUCGUUGCGCAACGGCGAAAUAACGCAAGAAAUUAAGGACAUGAGUCGUACAUAUCGACUGCUCGGCUGUGAUAAAGUCGUCGCUUUGGAGAGUCAAUUGCUGCGCACCGGUUCGCUGGGCAGCGAGGAGGGACAUGAUCUUUACAUUCUAGCUGGCCAUGAGGCCAGUUAUUAAUUAAAUAUAUAAUUACAAAAAUUAUAGUGGUAAAAUGCAAUUAACUAUGUAAAGCAAGUGAAACAAAAUAUUCUGUUUACUACAAAAAGAAAUGAAGAAAGCAAAUGAAAAAUUGAACAAACUGACUUAGAUAUACAUACAUAAGCGAGUAUAAAUUAAAAUAAAAUUAGCAUGUGAAAUUAAGUGAAAUGAAUGUCGAUAAAAUGAAAAUAAUCUUACUAAAUUGUUGGUAUAAAAUCAUAUUAAUUUUAAGCUUUUUUCUAGCGUCCGAUUUGCUUGUUUGUUUUGUAAAAUUGCACACAAAAACAAAGAAAUGAGUGUGAAAGCGUGAAAAAUAUUUCGUGUUUUUUGGAAACUAGCGAAUAUUACGCUGCGCCAAUGCCAAAGCGUUUUGAGAUUAAAUGCAGAUUAUCUGCGUUUUUUAUACGAUGUGUACAGAUCAUGCAGCGCCAAGUCAAAAUAGAGCCAUUAAAAAGAAAGUUGUAUAUAAGCGGGAUUUCAAUAAUUGUAUUAUAAAUGAUUGUGCAACACUUGCGAAUGAAAUAUUGAAAAUAUUAUUUGUAUAUACAAGCUAUUGUCGCUUAUUUAAUGUCGUUAUUUUUGAAUUGCAAAAUGAUUUUAAGUUAGUAGCUGCAAUAUAUGUAACGUUUCUUAGAUUUUACUAGACCUAAACACGUUUACAUAUAUGUAUCUACUUAAAGUGAAGAUUUUAUAGAUUUGCACGGUAUUUGCAUACAACGUUUUAGAAACGAAAUGGCAGAGCACUGUAUAAACAGCAAAGUGAUUGAUUGAUUGUUAUGAAAUACAUUCUUCAAAGUUUGAAACAUAAAACACUGCGAAAAAUUAGGUUAAUUAAGCAAAAUAAAUUAUAAAGUAUUUGACAUUGCUUACAAUUUUUAGUAUAAAAAUAAAGAUAAAUAAGAAACAUAAAAAACAACUGAAAACUAUAUUUACGAUCACAGGCACAUAAACAAUUUGAAAUCAACACAAAAAGGACUACUGCAUGCAAUUGCAAUAAAGAGUAUUUUAGCAAGGGCUGUGCAAGCAGUCGUACGCAACAUUUUAGACCCACAGUAAAUUUAGCUUUCACCUUACGAUCCAGUUGGUUUGAAAUUUUGAAAUGUUUACAUCAAAUAUGCGCACAGCCCCACCUCUAAGAGCACGCUAGUUAAUAAAAAAAUGGAAAUAAAUAAAUAACUCACUUAAACCAUAAGAGGUUAUAUAUAUAUAUAUAUAUAUAUAUAUAAUCUGGCAUGUUGUUUGAUAAACUAGAGCAUUGCAUUUUAGAUAACUUUAAGUAGAAUGAUAAAUGUGAGUGUUAAGCGUAAGAAAGUAUAUUUUUAAUAUAUAUUUAGGUAUACACACACAGCUCUGUGGACACACAACCCAAAAACGUUUGGAAAGCCAAUAACUCUGCGGCAGAUCAAAGUCAGUGACUCCACCCUUGUGUCAUUUUAACAAAACAAAAAAUGUAAACAUUAAUAUGCAGCCAGGCGAUCUCCUAAACUCUAAAUUUGUGUGAUAGUUUUGUUUAUGAUCAUUUAAUUAAUAAUAAUGUUCAACUUCCGCCUUUUAGUCGCACGGCCGAAAAUAUAUGUGCGAUAACCGUUAACCUUGAUUCAAACCGGAGGGCUUUACAAAAAUGAAAAUGCAUUAAUAAGCUAUUUAGUGAAGUGAAACAAUAUAAAGAAUUCAUACAUACAUACACAUGUAAUUAAACUAUCUAAAAACGAAAGCAGUCAACAAAAACUCACAAAUUAAUAAUAAAUGCAUAUAUAUAUUAUAGAUUUAAUUGGGCCAUUGCACUAUACAAAGAAGAUUUGUAAAAGCUAUUCCAGGGUCUCCACAGAGAUUCCAGAGUGUGUCACGCUCUAAAAGCAGUUCGGAAACUGCACACGAAGCAAAUAAACGUCGAUUUAAGUGAUACAAUUGUAAAUUUUUAAUUACUGUAAUUUGUUGAGUAAGAGAACCUUUAAGCUACAAACAAAUAAUUCCAGUUGUGGCAAGCGAUAGAUUUAUUAAAUAUUAACUAUUGUAUUUAACUUAUGUUUUAUUUUAAUUUAAAGUGAAGAUAUAAUAAACUAGCUGCUAGCGCGCUAUUAAAAUGUUAGAAUUUAACUUUAAGAAAAUAUAUAUAUGCGUAUGUAUGUAGAAAGCGGCGGAAAAUCAAAUCAAAGUGCGAUGUUAGACAUAGAGAGAGAGUAGAGAUUUAAUUCGGAAAUUUGUACGCGAAGAAAGCUUCUUUGGUAGAUUAGUUACGUAACGUAACGUAUGUAUGUAAGUAAGCAGCGUAGCCUCUAAGGGUUUGUACGAGUAUGUGUGUAUAAGAGAAGUAACGACUUCUAUUGAGUAUUAGACAUUAAAUAAAGAAACAAUUCAAAUGCAAAACAAAAACACUAUAGUUCGUUGAAAAUAAAUAAAGUACUAAAUAUAUAUGUAUGAAUAAAACAUAAAAGCAAAAAACUUUCUUAGUCAAAAUUUGAAGCAUUACAAUGCAAAACUAACGGGGCAAUAAAUUUAUUGCGCAGCACGAGAUUGAAAUACAAAUUAAUAAAUUGCAAUUAAAAAUAUAAAACGAAGGCUUUCAUUUCAAACAUAUAGUCUGCUAUUUUUUAUAUAAAGUUUUUAUUUUGUUUGCAUCAAAUUUUUAUAACCCUUUGUCACUCUGUUCCUUUCUAGUUUCCCAAUAGAUUUUGUCGCGCAUAGAGCAUCCUGUUUCCGAUUCCGUUUCGUGGUGACAAUUGCCCAACACUGAUUAGUGAUAACCAAUUUGGCUUACUACUUUAUCGAUUUAUGUUCGCCAAGGAUAGACGACAAAAAAUUAUUAUGCUUCAUGCUGGCAACAAAAUAAAUAUAAAGUAGUUCUGCAAUUGUUUUUAGGCUUUCGUCAGUCAAGUGUAGACAACGUAAUUUAAGAAACCGAAAUAAAGUUAUCGAUGAUUUUAGGUAAUCGGUAUGCGCAGCUGUCGUCAUCGCUACGGUUGCUCUGACAUUUUCUGUGGUGCAGCAAUCAGCUGAGUUCAGUACACUUUGAACAACGCGUUAAAACGGUUUGGUUGAUUUUAGUUGUCGCAUGGAAUUAUUAGUGACGACGGUGAAUAUAUAUACAUGCUAAUAGGUGUGUGGUGUGUUUGGGUUCGUUGGUGUGUGAGCGCGAGUUUACGACAACGUCUACGCCGUAGUACUCACCGUCGUUCUCUCAUCUCUACCAACUUUUUCCUGGUAUAUGUAGCGUACUCAUUUACACUUGUGUGAUGUAGGUGUGAAGUGUGUGCAGCCGUCUCUAUUUUCAGUGUUGUGUUCAUUGUGCAAAACAGCGAAUUAAAGUGCAAAGUGUUUGUAGCAAAAAUAUUCGUAAAGAAUAAGUGGAAACCGAAAUUUAUGAUUUUAUUGAAACAGAAUAAAAUUUUACGAUAUUUUCCUUAAAAUUGUUGCUAAUUCUAUAUUGAUGCUGUUCUAAGGGGUGAGCGAGCUUGUGUUAUGGCUUUGUCCGAGUGAAUGGAAUGCCGUGAAUACUACAAUUCAUAUACAUAUGUGCAGCUAUAUUCCAAAGUUUGUGGGCAGACCAGGAUAUCCAAUCGUCUGGAUUAGCUCCGAGAAUUUUUGCUGAGCUGUGCCAAUGCCAAUGUUAGUAUUUUUGGUAAAGUGACGUCAUAGUUUAUGGUCUGGUCAACGGGUGGAAAUACUAAGCCUUGCAAAGUCCGAUUUGUCAUCAAUUGGGUGGCUUUGACGUUGUGUUUUAUUGUCUUUAAUUUUGCUCUUCGCCAUUAUCUAGGUGUAGUGUAUAAACGAAAAAU